UUAGUCAUUCCAAAUAUAUUUCUUUUUCAAAAUCAUCUCCUUUUACUUUUUACUCUAUUCCUAUUUUACGUUUUACACUUUCCAUUUUAGUUCGUUCUAAAUAAAGUUUGUAUCAAAGAAGAGCUAAUCAUUUCGUUUUCAAAGUAGUUCACUCUCAAACGGAGAUUUUGUUUUCCGAUCACAUUUUUGUGAUUUUCCGGCGAGUCUCCGAUGACCGGCGGUGGUCAGAAAUGUUACUCAGUGAAUCCUAACGAUUACAAGCUUCUAGAAGAAGUUGGCUAUGGAGCAAGUGCUACUGUUUAUAGAACGAUCUAUUUACCUUCCAAUGAAGUUGUUGCUCUUAAAUGCUUGGAUCUCGAUCGCUGUAACAGCAAUCUGGAUGAUAUUCGCAGGGAAGCUCAAACAAUGAGUUUAAUCGGCCAUCCAAAUUUAAUAAAGGCAUUUUGUUCAUUCGUUGUUGAUCACUACCUUUGGGUGGUGAUGCCCUACAUGGCUGAGGGUUCUUGUCUGCACCUCAUGAAGAUAGCAUAUCCAGAUGGAUUUGAGGAGGCUGUUAUUGGUUCUAUCUUGAAAGAAACUCUUAAGGCUUUGGAAUAUCUCCAUCAACAUGGGCAUAUUCAUCGAGAUGUUAAGGCUGGGAAUAUAUUGCUGGACACUAAUGGGGAAGUGAAGCUCGCCGACUUUGGUGUUUCUGCAUGCAUGUUUGAUAGUGGUGAUAGGCAGCGCUCUAGGAAUACCUUUACAGGAACUCCAUGCUGGAUGGCACCAGAAGUUUUGCAGCCUGGAACUGGAUAUGAUUUCAAGGCUGACAUUUGGUCAUUUGGAAUAACUGCCUUAGAGUUGGCUCAUGGUCAUGCACCAUUUUCAAAGUACCCUCCAUUGAAGGUUCUGCUGAUGACUAUGAACAGUGCUCCUCCUGGACUUGAUUAUGACCGUGAUAAGAAAUUCUCAAAGUCCUUCAAGGAAAUGGUUGCAAUGUGCUUGGUGAAAGAUCAAACUAAAAGGCCAACUGCUGAAAAAUUGUUGAAACACAUUUUUUUCAAAAAAGUUAAGCCUCCGGAGCUUUCUGUAAAGAAACUGUUCGCCGACUUACCAUCGCUGUGGAAACGAGUAAAAACCCUCCAGGAUAAAGAUGCUGCACAACUAGCCUUGAAGAAAAUGCCUUCAUCCGAGCAGGAAGCAAUAUCACAGAGUGAAUACCAACGAGGUGUUAGUGCCUGGAACUUUGAUCUGGAGGAUUUAAAGUUUCAAGCUUCAAUGGUGCAAGAUGAUGAUGAAAUAUCGGAGAUUAGGGAAGAAGAUGAAAGCAUGAAGUCUUAUAUGAAUUACAAGGAGAAUUCAGUUUCUGCUCUAAAUGCUGGAAAAUCAUCGUUAAAACAAGAUAUCGUUUCCAGUGAGCAAGGAAGUGUUGGUGAAGUGACUUUAGCUGAAUGCCAGAGAAAGAAGGGAGAAAACUUGGAAUGUAAUAAACUGGAUUCCGACCAUCAGGAGGAAGGCGGACUUAGGAAGAAUUCAUCAAAACCCGAGCUUCCACCCCUUACCUCAGACAAAGACGCAGUGCAAGCUAAGAGUAAAUGUCAAACAGCAAAAGCUUGUCGAAGUCAGAGUGGACCACUUACGCCAGGUGUUGAGCUAAGUCAUUCGGCAUCAGAAAGAUCUAGCAACUUUGAAAGAAGUAAGGUUGAAAACCAACAAGUGGAAAAAACUCAUCAAGUACGAAAAGCACCCAGCUUUAGUGGCCCUCUAAUGCUUCCAAACCGAGCUUCAGCAAAUAGUAAAUCAGCACCAAUUAACUCAUCUGGGGGAUUCAAAGAUUCUUUGGAUGACAAGUCCGUGGCCAACUUGGUUCAAAUAAAAGGGAGGUUUUCUGUAACAUCAGAAAAUGUAGAUUUCCUGAAGGGGUCACAAUUGAGGAAGACUGCAAGUGUUGGAGACUGGAUAUUGGAAUCUAAACUGAUGCCUCCCAGUCGAAUACCAAAGGAGCUUGCCCUUGAUAAUAUUCCUGCCUCAGUUCUGAUGCCUCACCUGCAAAAUCUUUUGCAACAGACAUCAAUCCAACAGGACCUAAUCGUGAAUCUGUUGAGUAGCUUGCAACUAUCUGAGGCAGGAGAUGGUUCGCAACAUGGAAAAUCAUCUCCACAGAGUGUUGCAGAGAAUAAUGGAAGUGUUGAUGCAGCUGUUUCUGAGAGGGAGCGGUUUCUGCUACUCAAAAUAUCUGAGCUUCAAGCUAGGAUGAGUAGCUUGACAGAUGAAUUAACUAAUGAAAAGCUUAAAUAUAUGCAGUUGCAACAGCGGCUAAAUUCCAUGUCGUCAAGUCAGGGGGAAGAUUGGGACAGGAGAGAAUCGUAAUCUUGAUGCUGAAAGAUCACUUUGAAGUAUAAACAACAUGUACAUUCAGAUCGAGUUAUAUAUAGGACGGAGCAGAGUUCACUAUUCGUGUGGCCGGAAAAAACUCAUCGAUGAAUAGAAGCUCAAUGUGGAGUAAUCCAGCUCCAAUGGAUGAAUACACAAAAUCAUUAGUUUGUAUAGCAUUUCUUUAUUUAUUUGGCAAGUGCUAGCUGAAAUCCAUGUCUCCAGUACCAGAGGUUUAUUUUCUUCAUUACUUACAUAAAAUCGUAAUUACAAAAAUCUCUUUUUUUAC